AUGGCUAGCGAUAGCGAUGGUGAUGAUCGGAAAACCUGGGCCGACGGUCGGACGGCCCUCCACCUCAGUGCCGCCUCCUCCGACCCUCGAGGCACCUACGACGCACUAGUGCGGGCCGGCGCGGACGAAAAGACUCGUGACAAGCGUGGCAGGCCAGCCCAGUACUAUCUGGAUCAUCCGGAUGACUUGGCUCUGCCCACCAAGGCUGAGCCGACCACUGGUGGUUCUGGAUCUGGACCCGUGUCCCACGCCACGAUCCGGAUCUGGAUCCACGGCCGGGAUCUGAACAAGCUGGAGCAGAUGGUGCUGGACGGACAUGGCGAGCGUCUGCUGAACGAAACAGCCGGAUCGAACCGGGUCAACAAGUUCCUCACUUCGGUCCGACCGCUCAUGAUUCGGAUCCGUGAGCUGCACUCUGCGGCGAUAAACGGUGACUCGGCCAAGGUCGAGGCCAUGACUGAAGGCCAGUCACGUCUGCUGACCUCCAAGGACCAGAACGGACUCACCAUCCUUCACAAGGCGGCGACUCUUGGCCACCGGACGAUCGUCGAAACAUCCUUGGGCACCGUCCGAGAUCAGAAGGACGAGCCAGACAACGACGGCUACACACCGCUCUUCUAUGCGGCCGCCAGCCAGAACAAGGAGAUCUACGACCUGCUGGUCAAGGCCGGCGCUGAUGUCAACCGGGUCGAUAAGCGUAAGAAGACAGCCGAGCACUACCGCGAGCACCCGAAGGAGAUGCCGAUGCAGCACGUCUACCAGCUACCGGACGCACCGAGGAACUCUGGCGACUCCCUGGGUGUUCCCGAUGGACCGAACAGGAGGAGGUCGGUCAGCACCGACCGACACCAGGGAGGUGACGGAGGACAGGCGGCGAAGGGCAAACGGUCCACUAGUCGCCGAGAGACGGUGAGUGUUCGUGUGUAUUCCUACUGA